AUGAAAUGGGCACCACGAUCUACUAAUGGAACUCUAGUAGCUGGAAUAGGAAAUGGUACCGCGGGAAACGGUACGAAUCAACUCUCAUGUCCAUUGGGUAUUUAUGUUGAUCAAAGUAUGGCGCUUUACAUCGCUGACGCUUUCAAUGGACGAAUUCAAAAGUGGCUAUCCGGUGCAUCAACAGGUACAACAGUCGGCGGUGCUAACGGACAACUACGUUUUCCGACUGAUGUUUCUGUUGAUAAUUACGGAACCAUUUAUGCAUUGAGUGGUGGUGGACUCUAUCGAUUUUAUCCAGGCUCGACUUCGGGUACCAUUAUUAUUUCAUCUUAUACAGAAAGUUUUGGUUUUAAAUUCGACUCAGUUGGUAAUGUAUACAUUGCUGACUAUGUGUCGAAUGUGAUAAGCAAAUAUACUGUCAACAGUACAAGGUGUGGUACUAGCAGGGCAUCAACUCCAGUUGCAUCAUCAAAAGUUGCCUCAAUGGCGGUUCCAAAUGUUCAAGGCAUUUUGGAAGCAGUUCUAGGAAACGCUCGACUUCGAUCACUGGAUCUUGCAACUGCGCAUUAA